UUGCGAUUUGAUUGGCUGUGCAAUCGGCCCAUAGGCAGCACGUUUUGUUCGAGUUUUAGCCAAUCAAAGACCUCCCCUAACCAAACAGUUUUACUCUCCCUUUAACCUCCAAGGUAGCAGUGUUUUACAGGAAAGAUCGCAACAACAAUGGCUCUGUAUCCCCAAAGAUCUCCAAGUGGACCUGAGCGAGAGAGACGAUGCAUCCCUGCUGCGCGCCAACGCCGCAGCCUGAGGUCCACCGAUUUUUUUCGUACGGCUCCCACACAAGAUGCCCCUCCGCGAUUAAACCACUUUUACCAGCAGGGCGUCCCCGCCUUGUCGCUCAAUCUGCGUGCUUUGACCAUAGCCCUUUUCGUGGCAUUCAACCCCACCACGAAAGGCAUGGCGUACUUCAGCCUCGAAUAAGAUCGGUAGAGAUGGCGACGGUGGCGAAAGACGUCCGAGCUCGUCAGCGAGAUUCCUCGCUACGGGUGGAGAGAACUUCCAAUGCAAAGAAUCAGAACCCACCGAGGGAGCGACAGUUUGCUGAACCUGGGGAAGUGCAUGCAUCUGAUGAGGAGGCUCCUGAGACGAGGGGAUCCUGGUUUUCCAUCGCCGCGCUCGUUAAUUACCAGUAGUUUGGUAGCGGUUUAGCGCCAGGCUAGAACUGCUAGAACACUACAUGACUAGCUAUUAUUCUGCCAAUGAUAGUCAAGUAUUUUGAAUUGCGAUGUUUAGGGUACGCAUGCAACGCAUGCGUCCCUCUGACGCCUCGGUUGAGAACGGGCCUAAGAGAUCUCAAACUGAAUAUAUCAUGGUUGAGCGAAGGUUGUUUAAGGAUCGACGACAAUUGCGCAUGGCCCAAUUAAUGUUGGUGGGGCUGUCCACCAAGCUUUCAGCUGGCCU